CGCGAUGGGAUGGGGUCAGGCAGUGCGGGGCGCGGUGCGGGCUGCGGUUGCGGCAGCGGCGCCGGUGCGGGGCAUGUGCGCCCAGGCGGAGGAGUGGCGCUCGGCCAGGGCCAUCUACGACUUCCACGCCUUGGACAUCGAUGGCAACGACGUCUCCCUGGAGCAGUACCGGGGGUACGUGUGCAUCAUCACCAACGUAGCUUCUAAAUGAGGAAAGACCGCGGUAAACUACACUCAGCUUGUUGACCUGCACGCCCGAUACGCUGAGAGGGGUUUACGCAUCCUCGGCUUUCCCUGCAACCAGUUUGGGAAGCAGGAACCCGGGGACAACGCUCAGAUCAAGGCAUUUGCUGCGAGCUACGGGGUGAAGUUUGACAUGUUCAGCAAGAUCGAUGUGAACGGGGAUGAUGCUCACCCGCUCUGGAAGUGGAUGAAGGACCAGCCCAAAGGACGAGGCACCCUGGGCAACGCAAUAAAGUGGAACUUCACUAAGUUCCUCAUUAACCGGGAGGGCCAAGUAGUGAAGAGGUACAGCCCCAUGGAGGAUCCCUAUGUGAUCGAGAAGGACCUGCCUGCCUACCUCUAGGCCUGCUCCUCUCCCUGCCCAGCGCCUGCCUCCCGCUGCCCAUGGACUCUCCUCCUCCAGCCCCCAUGAUGGCCUGUCUUGAAGCCAGCUCGCUGGUGAGGCAGGCCUGAACCCAGGCGUGCAGCUGCUGGAUGGAGGCUUCCUGGGGCCGGUGGCCGCUGCUGGGCAUAGAGCAGCACCCUGAGUCCCCUUGCAAUAAUAAAUAGAGGUGUUAGAAGUGA